AUGUCAGAUAGUAAAGAGAGUUUGGCUCGUUUGGAAGCCGAGCACAAUACGACCAAAGAAAAGUCCGUAGAUAACGAAGAAGACGACUACGAUCUUCCCGCACACUCUUCCCAUCUCUCAAGAGACAUAAAUGCCAGAGUUCUCACGCUUUUGACAUUAGGAAGUGCCAUUGGUACUGGACAUAUUAUCGGUACCGGAACUAGUUUAGUUAGAGGAGGUCCUGCGUCUCUUUUCAUUGCAUAUUGCUUUGUGGGGUCCCUUCUUACUAUUGUGAUAUUCUCUUUGGGAGAAAUGGCUGCGUUCUUACCAAUGGAUAAAGGAUUUUCAGGAUAUGUUAACAAGUAUUUUGACAAAUCGUUUGGAUUUGCAGCUGGAUAUAAUUAUUUUCUCAAAUAUGCAAUUGUUCUAGGAGCUAACAUGACGGGUUUCGGUUUGGUUAUUCAAUAUUGGAGACCUGAUCUAAAUGUGGGAAUUUGGGCUGCUAUUCUCUAUGUUUCAUGUAUUGCAUGUAACUUCUUGCCGGUUAGAUAUUACGGUGAAUUGGAGUUUGUGUUAACAAUUGCAAAACUUUUAACGUUAGUAAUUAUCUACAUUGUUUGUCUUGUUAUUACUUGCGGUGGUGGCCCAAGUGGAAAAACAAUUGGAUUUCAAUAUUGGAGGGAAGAAGCAUUCUUGCCAUAUUUAGUUCAAGGUAACACUGGUAGAUUUUUGGGCUGGUGGGCUGCCGUUAUUUCUUCCUUGUUUGGUUUCAUUGGUGUAGAAACAGCAGGAAUCUUUUUUGGAGAAGCUGCCAACCCAAAGAAAACUAUUCCAAAGGCUUCUAGGCAAGUUUUGAUCAGAAUUGGUUUCUUCUAUAUAUUUGGGGUGUUUUUGUUAACUUUGGUAGCAAAUCCAAAGAGUCCUUUGUUAGUCAAGGCUGGUGGGACAAGUGCAAAUGCCUCCCCUUUCGUCAUUGCCAUCAAGGAGUCAGGAAUCAGAGUAUUGCCUUCGUUCAUUAACGCAUGCUUACUUAUUUUCAUUGCAAGUUCUGCCAAUACUGAUAUUUACAUCUGCUCCAGACAACUUUAUGGUUUGGCAAAAGAUGGGGAAGCCCCAAAAAUCUUCUUAAAGUUGACGAAAAAGAGAGUUCCUUGGGUUGGAUGUAUCGCUGGGUGUUUGCUUGGCUUGUUAUCUUUUAUGAAUACUAAAGAAGGCGCCGCCACUGCAUUUGGCUAUAUUACUAGUACCGUAUCCGUUUUUGGAGUAAUGAAUUGGAUUUACAUUUUGCUUGCAUAUUAUGGAUAUAAUAGAGCUAUAAGAGCUCAGAAUGUCCCAAGAGAAGAUAUUCCAUUUCGCAUGUGGUUCCAACCAUAUAUUUCCUAUGUUGCACUCUUCCUUAUUGUUAUAAUCACAAUUUUCAAUGGUUACAGUGCAUUCAUUAUCACUUUCAAGUAUAAAAAUUUUAUAACUUGUUACGUCGGAAUAUUAGCCAAUGUUGUAUUGAUAGUUGGUCAUAAAUUGUGGUAUAAAACCAAGUUUGUCAAUCCUUCAGAAGUAGAUUUGGAAAGUGAAGUAUUAUAA